AUGUCGGUUUGGUCAAUUCGUUAUCACCCGACUAGAGACCAGCUUCUCCUGUCGGCAGGAAGCGACUCACGCGUCUGUCUCUACGCCCUGCCUAGUUAUUCUUCGGAUGCCAUCAAACACGUCUUUCCACCAGUUACAGGGCCCUCAAUCACUGCGAGCACCACAAAUGAGUCGGACUCUGUUGCAGCCAAAUGCGAACCUCCUGACAAUCAUCAGAACGAACAUCUCAAGUUGCGGGAUGGUGUCAUCUCUCGGCUUGAGCAACAUGAGGAGAGCGUCUAUGCAGCUGACUGGAGUCCUGUCGACGCCUGGUUCUUCGCCUCGGUUUCCUAUGAUGGCAACCUAAUCGUUAAUCGCGUUCCCGAUGAAGUGAAGCUCAAUCUUCUGCUGUCCGAUGAUGAUUGA